UCAGAGCUGAGAGCCAAGAGUGCUACUAAUCUCCUCUCUAAUCAAUUUUUUUUUAAGACUGAGGUGGCCGCUUCCUCAUCGGGGGCUUGGCAAAGGCUCCAUAAAGUUAAUCGAGAUCUCCAGAGUGAGCUGGAAGCCCAGUGCCAGCGCCAGGAGCUGAUCAAUCAGCAGAUCCAGUCACUUAAACGUAGCUAUGGGGAGGCAAAGGAUGUAAUACGGCACCAUGAGGCAGAGAUCCAGAGCCUGCAAGCAAGACUCAGCAAUGCUGCUGCAGAGCUCUCCAUCAAGGAGCAGACUCUGGCCAAGCUGAAGAGUGACUUGAAAGCCGAGAAGAAGAAAGCUGAAGAGCAAAUGGAAGAGUGGCAACACAGUGAGACAGCCCUGAGUUCCCAGUUGAAAGCCAGUGAGCUGAAGCUCAAGAAAGCAGAAGCACUCCUGUUAGAAAAAACCCAAGAGCUGAGGGACCUUGAGACACAGCAGGCUUUACAGAGGGACUACCAAAAAGAAGUACAGCGGCUCCAGGAUCGGAUUGCGGAUCUCAGCCGGCAGUUGAGCGCCAGUGAGCAGUCUCGAAUGUCAAUGGAAGAGAAACUCCAGCGGAAUUAUGAGGCUUUGCUAGAAAGCUGUGAGAGAGAAAAACAGGUUUUGAUACAGAGUUUGAAGGAAGUGGAGGAUAAAGCCAGUGAAUAUGAAAAUCAGCUUCAGAAUAACGAGCAGCAGAUGGAAAUUUUGCAGAAAGAGAAGCUGACUGCCAAGUUCGAAAGCAGUGAAAUUGUCCACCAGCUGGAAGAGCAGCUGGAAAUGAAAGAAGCAAGUAUUCAGAAGCUUGUUGAGCACAUAAAGAGUCUUGAGGAAGAAAGGGAUCAGAUUAAGUGCCGGUUCCAGGAGCUAAUGAACCAAGUUGCUGAGUCAGACAAUGAAGUUGCGAAGCUGCAAGCCAAGCUCCAGCUGGAGGAGACCAACUAUCAUACUCUGGAACGUUCAUAUGAGGCUGUGUCAGGACAAUUUCAGAACUUGCAGAAGGUUCUGAAAGAAAAGGAGGAUGAGCUCAGAGUGGUGAGAGAAGUACACUUGAGAGUUGUUGUGAAGAAAGAUCAGGACUUAAGUGAACCACUAUUUAAAAAGACUGCCCCGAGUAGUAGGCUGGAAGAAGUGGAAAGAGGCAAGCCGGCCCAAGAAGAUGUGUUGAAAGCAUCAUCUGAUGAGACUUCAUUAUCAGCUGCUGUAACAGACACUGCCAAUUCUGGACAAGUUGUACAGCUAGUGGGAAAUGCACUUGCGCCCGACAGACUUCCAGUUUUAGACUGUACCCAUGGCAUGGAUGAUGAUGAAAGCUCCAGUAUCAGUCAGAUGCAGUCAUGUGAACAUCCAGUGAUGAAUAGAGAAGACUGUAAGUCUCCAUCCAAGUCUAUUGACUUUCAAGGGAAGGAGAUAUGUCAGAAUGACUCCUCAAAACCUGAUGCAGAAGUUCCUGGAGCAAAAAGGCAAAGGAUACGUUUCUCCAGCAUCCAGUGCCAAAAAUAUGUUCAUCCGGAUGGAUCAGAGAAGACAUGGACCAGCAGCACUUCCUCAGACACUAGUCAGGACAGGUCACUUUCUGAAGACAGUAUGUCAUCAGAACCAGCUCCCUGUUACCCAGUUUCAGGUGAUUCUGAAACUUACCUGUCUAUCAUUCACUCCCUGGAAACCAAACUUUAUAUCACAGAAGAGAAACUCAAGGAUGUAACAAUGAAACUUGAGAGCCAGCAUGGGCAUAACCAAGACACUCUCAUUGCACUUCACCACCAAUGGGCCAGCACAGAAACACAACUUAGGGAACAGCUUCAAGAUAGCUUAGCUCAAGUUAGUAUGCUAGUUUCACAGUUGGAAAGUGAGAAACAGGAAAAGCUGGAGCUUGCUGAGAAUCAGAUUCAUGAGCUAAGUGGACUCCACAGAAGAAACAAGCAAGCGUUAACAAGCUUAAAGAAAUGCAGAGAACAGCUGAGAAUUUUGCCCCAAUCAGAUAAGGAAAAAGAGAGAGAGAUGUAUUUUGAUGCCUUAUCCAGUAUGGAAAGUACUCUGUCUGAUGCGAUCCAGAUGUUAGAACAGACAUUUUCUUUGCCUGAAAGCCUAAGAGAAGAAAGGCUUGCAACUGAAACUGUGCAUACAGAAGGCAGCAUUUUGGAGAACACUUUACAGCAGCAGCAGGAAGUGGUGGUGGAGGAAGAACUUUCUAGACAAGACCAGUUGAAGUUGCUUUCAAGGAGGGUGGCUUUUGAAUCCUGCUUGAUCAACCAAAUAGCAGAAUCUUUAACAGAUGCAACCUCCAAGAUUUCUUUAGCCCUUAGAGAGAUCCAUGGUACUGUGGAUGCAGUCUUAUUAGAACCUUCAAAUAUUUCACAUACUGCUGUGGCCUUGGCUGAUAUCUUAUCUAAAAAGCUGGUGUUGGAAGACCAGUUUUGGAGCCAGGUAGAGGAGUUCAGAAAACAUCUAGGUGCCAGAGGAGAAGAAGGGAAGACUGAGAUAGAGACUCUGAGUUCAAAUGUCCCACGGUGCCUCAUUCCGUCAAUUGCAGACAGCACACUGAUUAAAGCAGAACUUGGUUUUGUUGCGCAGAAAAUGAGAGAGUCCUUUCAUCAGAGAUUAAAGACCAUUGAAGAAGAUCUCCACAAUACUAAAACAGCCCUUCAGCAACAUAAGUGUAUGCUGGAAGAAAUCACUAAAGCAUACCAAACUCCUGAUUUUGAUGCGAUUAUGCAUCAGAUUUCCAAGGCUCUUGAAAUCCAAGAGGGCACUUCAGAAAGAGUCCAUUCAGCCUGGGGUUCAAGCCUUCAUGACCCGACACCAGGAGCCCAAAGUUUACAGGAUCUGAGCAGUCAAGCUCUGGCAGCUGUUCAGGAUGAACUCGCCCAGCAGCUCAAAGACAGAGCAAAUGUUCUGAAAGAAAUAUCUACUGCUCUUCUGUCUCUGUCUCCUGAUGAUGCCCUGAAAGACUGCCACAAACUCCUAAAGGUUUCUUGUGGUACCCCUUACGAUAUGUGCAUGGGAGAUCUUCAGCGCUACUCAUCUUUGCUAGUUCAAGAUGCAGUUAUCCAAGCCCAGGUUUGUUAUGCAGCCUACAGAGCAAGAUUGGAGUAUGCUAAGGAAGCAACACUGUACAAGGAGUCUCUUCAGAAUGUGGAUGCUCUGUGUCAAGAGCGCAUAAGGGCAGUGACUGCCCUAAGAGAGGAAUAUGAAGAAUUGCUCCGAAAACAGCAGAAUGAAUAUGCUGAGAUGAUUGCUUUGCUUGAAAGAGAAAAUGCAGACCUCAAAGCCAAAGUAGAGAAGCUUGACAAUCAACGGAAGCUCCUGGAAGAGGAAGAGCAUAAGCAGAGCAAAAAACUAACAGAUCUUCAAGGCAGAUAUGAAAAUGAUAUGCAGAAUAUGGUUGAGCAACUGAACAGGACAAAAGACAUGCUGAAAGCUGAGCAAACAGAGGGACUCCACCAACUAGAUGCCCUUGUGCAAGAUAAGCAGAACUUGGAAAGGUACCAUCUUGAGCAAAUGAAAACUCUAGAAGAUGAAUUUCAAGUCAAGAUGAAAGAACUGCAAAUCCUUCAUAAUGAGGAGCUGCAAACCUUGCAGGAACACUACAACCAGGACCUUCGGUGCUUGCAAGAAUCUUUGGAUGAGUACCAGAAACAGCACCCAGAAACACUGUCCACAGCAGGAUCCAGAGCAGAAGAAUUGUGGAUUGCAGACGAGGUUGAUGGUGGAAUGCAAGUCUCAGACAGCGAGCUUAAUGCCAUGCACGGGUUGAAAGAACGCAUUCAAGAACUAGAAGCCCAAAUGAACAUCAUGAGAGAUGAACUGGAGCAUAAGCACCUUGAAGGGAAUGCAUCUACCCUGAGGGAGAAAUACCAGAAAGAUUUUGAGAAUCUUAAGGUUUAUUUUCAGUGCAUUUAAUCUUACUAAGUCAUGUGCAAACCC